AUGGAGCCGAAGCGCGUGGAGAUCGGUGAGGAACAAGAGUGCAAAAUCAGCAAUGUUAAGCUGAGUGGAAAGACACACUUAAAAGGCGAAGAAGUGAAGUCUAGCAAAGACAGUGAGUCUCGUGCAGCCCAAGCUAAAUUAGAUCUUGACGUCGAACGGGAAUGGAAACAGCUUCACGAUGCUGGAAUUGGAAAGAUUGAAAUUGCCAACAAUUCGUGGGCAAAGACCGUUUGUGAAGGUCUUAUCAUAAAUCACAUGAAUAUGCGGUGUGCUGAAACUGGUCGACUGAUGUGGCAAUCGGAUGAAUGGGGCACUGAUGUCUACCAUGUUGAGCAAAAAGCGCAUCUUCCAAAAGACAUUUUAAAGUGUUCUGCUAUCUCUCGUGAAAUCAAUUUUAGUUCAGCAGAAGAGAUUUCUAAAUUUCGACUCGAGCAGCGUGUUUUUCUUGCUGGAAGCUGCAUUGAAGAAUGGAUUUUUAGCUUUGGCUAUGUAAUCCCUGGCUCAACGAAUACAUGGCAACAAACGAUUGAAUCAGAUGAACCUGAGAACAUGCUAGAUCCGGAGGCCAUGAAUGGCAAACUUACGAUUGAGACAGCUUUUUACGACGGCCAGCUGCCUAUUGCCAAGACAGUUUAUAGAAUAUAUUAUGUCUAG